CAGAGGUUCUACUGACGUAGUACGUACGUCUUGUAGGUGAGAGGACAGAGGUGCGUAGAAGUACUCAAACUAAAGCUAAACAGUAAUGACUCUGAAUAAUACAAACUUGUAAAGACACUCACAGAAGAAGUGAUGUAUUACUCCAGUAAAAGACGAGGUGAAGAUGGAAUCGCUGCUAUUAUUGACUUCCUAUUGUCCAAUGCCCGACUGGUGCUUGGGGUGGGCGGAGCUGCGGUGCUCGGUAUUGCUACAUUGGCUGUAAAACGGCUGAUAGAACGAGCGGGCAGACCUCCUGAUGAAAAGCCUGACAAGAAGAUGACGGACAGCUGGGAGGAGUUAAGCCUGGUUAGCUCCUCCCCCAAACAGCUCCGCAAAGGUAUUGAAGGAGUGGUCAUGAAACAGAUUGCAGCUGCAACAAAGAAAGCCGAUCUGUCCCAACCAAUCCCCCUUCCCCCUCCUGAGCCCCAGCGACCGAAGCGCACCGAUCUCUGCGCGAUGACGUUCGCAGAGCGCCUGCAGCAGUAUUACAGAUCCCGAGUGUGUCUGUCAGCUGAGGAAGUUUGUGUAGCCCAGCAGCGAGCGUUAGACAUAGCCACUGAGAUCCAGGCCUUCGUGCACUCCAAACAUCCAGACAUGCCAUUGGGAGACAUGACGUUAGCGGGGUCGCUGCUCGACGACCUGCAGGUGGUAAAAGCCGACCACGCCUGCCUGAUCGUGCCUCUACAGUUGGAGUCCAGUCUGUGGACACCUCUUGCUGGAGAGGACACGUUUGUGGGCCACCCUCAGUACUGCAUGGUGCGCCGCGAAAACCUCGAAUACUUCCCGCGGGGGCGGAGCUACUGGGAUAGAUACCUGUUGGGGGGAUACUUGUCAUCACGGCUUGUUUCUGAACAACUUGGAAAGGCAGUAAUGGAGUCUAUGAACUGGCCGUCGCUAAGCGGCACUCUCGAUUGUGAUGUGCGACCGGUGCUCGGGUCUCCUGAGCUCAAACUGGAGAUUCAGGGGUUAAUUCCAAAUAGUUACGAUAACGGAGAAAACUUUUAUAUUACUAUUUUGCCAACUGUCCGGCAUGGUAAGAUGACGCUUACGGCCCAACGAGAGAUCACCGGGGCUUUCGACUACGUCUGGUACCAGAGCCUAUACACCAGGGAAACGACUAAACUGGCCACGCUCGACAAAGAGGACUCCAGGUCAGAGGUCAGAAGGAAGUGCCUGAAAACGUUAAAGGCGGUGUGUCGCAACUGCCCCGCGUUACGCAAGCUUAACGGAAGCCAUCUUAGCAAUGUCAUCCUGCACAUGAGCGAUAAGGACGCCGAUUGGUCGGAAUCUGCCUUUGCCGACAGGUUCAUGCAGGCGAUCGCUGAGCUGAUCGGUUACCUGGAGACUGGAAUCUUGCCUAGUUAUUUCAAACCGAAUGUGAAUCUGCUUCAGGGUUUUACGGAGGAUGACAUCGAUGAAAUGGGCUUUAUGCUUUACUGCGCUGUAACUGAACCUGAGAUACUACUGAUUUGAAAAUGAAACUUACAGAUGCACAAUGUAAUACAUUUUAUUAAUCUCAAUGGCACACUUUUAAAGGUUUAAGUCUCCAACAACACGUUUGUGAUUAGUUUACAUCUCGUCAUCACACACAUGUUUUUUUUCUGUGGAACAAACAAAGAUAUUGUGCAGAAUAUCCCAAGAAAAGUGGAUUGAUUGUUAAAUUAAUGGGUCGAAAAAUAAAAAUCUGAAUAUAUUUAAUGGUUCAUGUGCUAUAUUUUAAAGGGAUACUCCAGCCAAAUAUC